UCCAAGAUGGCGACAGUCAAAAUGUCGAACUUGAGGCUUCAAAAACUUUUUUUAACUCGAGGCUUCAAAACGCGAGUGCAAUGGAUGUUGUCACGAUGCCUCCGUCCUUUAUUUUAUACAGUCUAUGAUUUCGCAAAUGUCUCCUCUUUCAGUCAGUGUACAGCUCGUGCAUUGCAGAGGGACAGAAGCCUGCUUUUCGCUAGCCAGCUGCCUUUAAUGUAGGUUAAGCUAAAACCAUGGUGAAACAACGUUGUGAGGAGCAGGAGGAAGAUAAUUCAGCUCAGGUUCAGCCAUCAUUUUCAACCCAGACACCUAGUCCUGCGCAAGUUUCUCCUCAACAAGUACCAAGUAGUAACGAUACAUAACGUGGCUGCUAAUUCAACCCUUUCCCCGUCAGUAGCAGCAUGUGACUCAGCACUUGAUUCUCCAACGACAACAUCCAAGAACUGACUGAAUUGUUGGACCAUAAUGAACUAAUUUCAGUGUUCAACACCAAGCCCCGUCGUCUCCUGCUGUAAUCACCAAAAUGAAUAAACACAAGCCGUGGAUUGAGACAUCAUACCAUGGGGUGAUCACUGAAAACACUGACAUCGUUCUGCUUGAUCCUCCUCUGGUGGCCCUGGACAAAGAUGCACCCAUCCCUUAUGCAGGGGAGAUCUGUGCGUUCAACAUCCACGGGCUGGAGGCUCCGUUCGAGGCAGUGGUGCUGAACGGUACUUCUGGCGAGGGCCAGCUGAGGGCCCGCGGCCUGGUGGACUGCGAGCUUCAAAAGGAAUACACCUUCAUCAUUCAGGCUCACGACUGCGGUUCUGGCCCCGGGGGCACGGAGGGCAAAAAGUCCCACAAGGCGGUGGUGCACAUUCAGGUCAACGAUGUGAACGAGUUCGCCCCGGUGUUCCGGGAGCCGCAGUACCACGCAGCGGUGACAGAGGGCAAGAUUUACGACAGCAUCCUGCAGGUGGAGGCUACUGACCAGGACUGUUCACCACAAUACAGCCAGAUCUGUAACUACCAGAUCACCACCACCAGCACACCCUUCGCUAUAGACCGCAACGGUAACAUCCGGAACACAGAGAAGCUGAGCUAUGACCGACAGCAGCAGUACGAGAUCCGGGUGACGGCCUGGGACUGCGGCCAGAAGAGAGCCUUGCACAGCGUCCCUGUCCGCAUUGACGUCAAGCCUGUCUGCAAACCCGGCUGGCAAGGUUGGAAUAAACGAGUGGACUAUGAGCCAGGAACAGGCAGUAAGCAGCUGUUUCCCAAGAUGCACCUUGAGACCUGUGGUGGGCCGCUGUCGUCAGUGAGGACCACAGUGGAGCUGCAGACCAGCCACAUUGGGAAAGGCUGCGACAGAGAGACCUACUCAGAGAAAUCCCUACAGAAACUCUGUGGGGCCUCCUCAGGCAGCACUGACCUUCUCCCUGCCCCCAGCGCCGCCACCAACUGGACAACUUCCCUGGUGACUGACAGUGGGAGAGACAGUGACUUGAUCUUUAGGUUUGACGGUCGUCAGGCAGCUAAAAUCCCAGACUGGGUGGUACCCCAGAACCUGACAGACCAGUUCACCAUAGCAACCUGGAUGAAGCACGGGCCCAGUCCUGGGCUCAGAGCUGAGAAGGAAACCCUGCUCUGUAACUCUGAUAAGACUGAAAUGAACCGUCAUCACUACUCGCUGUAUGUCCAUAACUGCCGCCUGGUGUUCCUAUUGAGGAGAGAUUUCACUCAGGUGGACACCUUCAGACCUGCCGAGUUCCACUGGAAACUGGAGCAGAUCUGUGAUAAGGAGUGGCAUUACUACGUCAUCAAUGUAGAGUUUCCAGUGGUGACACUCUAUGUGGAUGGAGUGACCUAUGACCCCUACCUGGUGACAGACGACUGGCCCAUCCACCCCUCGCAGAUUGAUGUACAGCUGACAGUCGGUGCCUGCUGGCAAGGUGGAGAGGUGACCAAGCCGUGGUUCACUCAGUACUUCCGGGGCAGCCUAUCUGGACUGACCAUCCGACCAGGGAAGAUCGAGAGUCAGAAAGUCAUAUCCUGUCUGCAGGCGUGCAAAGAAGGACUGGAUAUCAACUCCCUGGAGAGCCUGGAUAAGAAUAUCAAGUUCCACUUUAACCCAGCUCAGUCUAUCCUUGUUAUGGAGGGAGAGGACUUGGAGAACAUGAACACUGCUGUGAGGAAAGUUUCCUACAUAAACUCUCGCCAGUUUCCCACACCAGGAAUCCGACGCCUUCACAUCUCCACUGCUGUCCAGUGUUUUGGUGAAGAUACUUGUAUCACCAUUCCUGACAUUGAUGCGGUGGUGAUGGUGCUGCAGCCCAGCGAGCCCAGGAUAACCAUCACCGGAAUAGAGAGAGUGAGCCGGCCUGCUUCUGACCUCAGGGUGUCAGGAGGCAUAGCGCUGUUCCAGGACCUCCACAUCAUCAGCACAGUCACCAGGGCAGAAGCCAACGCACAUCACACAGCACGUGGACCUGGGGUACUGGAGGAGAUCAUUCAUAACUUGGACUACUGUGAUAUCCUGGUGUUGGGGGAGGAGCUGAGGCCGGAGCAGGAGUCUCUCCAACUGCAGCGCAGCGUUCUGCUCGGAAAACACUUGGACGCCACCAACUCCACCUCCGGCAUGUCAAUAUAUGGUGUGGACUCCAUGUCCAACUAUGAGCAGGUGAUCCGACAGGUGCACUACUAUAACUGGAGGCCUGGACAGUUAACAGAGAGAAGGUUUCGCCUCACAUGCUCAGAGCUCAACGGACGCUACACCAGCAAUGAGUUCAACCUGGAGGUGAGUGUGCUCCACAGUUCAGAGGCCGGGGAACAUGUCAGUCACGUGGUGGCUCCUCCUCAGUACAUGCAGGUGGUCCACCAUCCAUCCAUGAUUCAUGACCUGUACCCAAGCCACAGCUCAGGCGUGCCGAGUGCCGCCACGGUGGUAAUUGUGAUGUGUAUCGCCGCCCUGGUGGUUGUGGUGGUGCUCGGCAUCUACCGCAUCCACCUAACCCACCAGCAGGAGGUCAAGCUGACCGAGACGACCAAAGGGGCAGACGAGACCUGGGACGACUCGGCUCUGACGAUCACCAUCAAUCCAAUGGAGAACCUGGAGAACCCCCAGGCUGCAGAAGAAGAGGCCAGCGAGGAGGAGGAGGAAGAGGAGGAGGAGGAGGAAGAAGAAGAGGAGGAGGAAGAUGACGAGGAGGAGGAUGAUGAUGACAUCACCAGUGCCGAGUCAGACGACAGCGAGGAAGAAGUGGACGUCCAGCUACCCAGGAUGCAGCGCCAGAACAAGAGGGGCCAAAACUGGGACAAAACAACAAUAUCUUAUUGAAACACACAUUCACAGUCACUGACACACAAACACACUCAUUGUACAACACGUCCAUACUGAAACCUCCAAUCUGAUGGUUGAUACAAAAAGACUUUCUCUUCUAUGUGAUGUUGAAGCUCUAAAAAUGAGGUAAUAUCUCCCCCUACUGGAAGACGACACUGAAACACACACACACACACACACACACACACACACACACACACACACACACACACACACUACAAUGAUUAAACCUGAGCCUUGUCAGAAAACCUCCCGUUUUAUACUGAAAACAUAUAGCUGAUAAGAGAUAAUACGACACUAAAACUGCUCGUCAAUCAAAUGACUUCUUAAAGGGACAGCUCGCUAAAUUUAGGACAUUCCCUGAGAGAUGUUUUUCAUCGAACGAUCUCUCUACCGUUACAGUCUACACCACAGCCACAGUCUUUCAUAAAAUAACGUUGUGUGAAUCCCCUUUUGUCAGUUAAACCCUGCACCAUACAUUCAGUUUGAUGUAUCUAAUUCCACAGUGCAAUUUCUGAUGUCCCAUGAAAAUGCAAAACAGUCUUUAUUUAAGAAAACUGAGUUGCAAAAGUAAAGAAACUGAGACUAUUUUUUGGUUUGUAUACUUCAUGUUAUUUAUCAGUCUUUAUUCUAGCAAAGCCAGGUGAUUUUACAGAAAUAGCAUAUUUUCAAUGGUACUCAAAAACAAACAAAACAAAAAAAAGAUGAUCGGUGUGCUAUAGCAGACGUCAAUGUUGAACUAGCCGAGGGGUUUGAGUUUGGGGUUUUUGGGAAAGACAGAGGAGUCUCCUUGUAAAUUUUUAUACGCUUCUUUCUUGUAAAUACUGAGUAUAGUAGGUGACCCCCACUCAACCCAACCCAAGCCCCACUUUAUCCACCCAGAGACCCUCCUCUCCACCUGUACACAACACACAGACACCUCCUCAUAUGUAUGUACACACCCUGAACCCUAAGCCUGCAGGAGUCUUUACAGAACGGACCCUCAGUCCUCUGUGUGUGUUUCUAGCUCAGCUGGGUUUGUUUGGAUGGAUGUGCCACUGCCUCCAUAGUGACUGGUCAGUUAAAGCUGCACUAGGGAAGAUGUUUUUUU